AUGGAUGAUACACGUUUACGCUCUCCAUUGGUGAUGGGAUUAUUUGAAUCAGACUACGAAGAACCCGAAGCUCAGCUAACCUCAGAACCCGACCCACUCGAGUACGAUUACCUCCCAGAGGAAGUCAUAAACAAUGCCCAUUUCUCCAUGGACCUUGAUCUACCCGAUGACGACCCCGCAGACUUCGAUUUUCACCGCCCCUGCACCCCGGUUAAGCGAGCCUCACCCCAAACCGAUGAACAAAAGGCCGAGAAACUACUCGGCUACAAGGCCACUUAUUACCCUCGGUUUUCCCUUCUAUCCUUCUUGAAGACCAUAUUUGCCUCGGGGAACUCGACUUUGAAGCACGCCUCCAAUGUCUUCCUAUCAGAUAACGGUCAUCUUGAACUAUUAGAGCUCUGGUGGAGCGCUCUAAAGGGCAAUUCAGGACUGAAAGAGUGGAUUGUUGGGAAGGCUGCUGUUAUCUGUGAGCAAGAAGCUGCACAGCUCUCGAAUCGGGCCUCUAGUGGUCCCCAUUUCGCACUCGCCGAACGUCUCAGGCUAUCAGCAAAGGAUAUCACUAGUGUUGCCGCCGCUUCGCUUCGCUCAGCUCAGCUCAGCUUUCGCCGCUUUUGGUAA